AUAGCUCACUUCAAGCGAGGUUACUUUUUCGAUGAGGAAGAGAGGGGCAGCUGCGAGCUCUGACACUCUCUGCCCUUGCCGUGAAACGCUCUAUUGUCGGGUGGCACGAUGGUCCGAGUGUGCCAGGUGAAUGACGAAAAAGAAAGCCAUCGCAGUCUGCCUCACCUCCAUCCGAGUGCAAUUGGCCCGUCUCGAAGUGCAAAUGGCAAAUAAAUGCAAGAGAUGGGCUGCGCCGUUGACAUCACCCAGUCAAACAGUCAAACAUCUUGCUCCUAUGAUAUACGGACUCAAAGUGCUGUUAACAAUGUCGGCCUUACUUAAUGAUUCGCGACGGUUGCAAAUCGCUUUCAGAACCAGGUAUGAUCAACCUUAGGUAGGUACUUGUCCUUCCCGGAACAUCCAAACGAUCACGACCGG